AUGCGCGUAACACGCCGCGCUGCAUUGGUCGGCGGCGGCGGCGUAGCCCUGCCGCUCUCGGCGCAAGCAAUGCAAUUACGGUCGCAGUCGCUGCUCGUGGCCAGCGGCGUAACGCUGCCGCUCGCGGCGAAAGCACUGGAGCCGCUGCCCGUGCGCUACGGCGGCGGCGACGAUCAACUCGCCGACUGCUACCUGCAAGACGGCGAGCGCCCCGUCGUCGUCCUGCUGCACGGCGGCUACUGGCGCGCGAGCUACGGCAAAUCGCUCAUGGACGCGGUCGCGCGAGACGUCCGAACAAACACCGAGUUCCACUGCGUGAACGUCGAGUACGCGCGCGGCGCCGGCAGCUGCGAGCGCGCGUCCGCCGACGUCGCCGCGGCCCUGGCGUGGCUCGCGGGCCCCGCGGCGCGACGCCUCGGCCUCGACGCGACGAACAGGGCAGCAAAAGAGAGCGAAAUUCCCAACUUCAAAGGCUCAUAUCUCGGCCGUUUCCCACUCGCGACGAACGUCGCGCUCGUCGGGCACAGCGCGGGCGGGCAGCUCGCGCUGCGGCACGCGCUCCGGGGGUCGCCGGCGGCCGGGCGGGGCGGCGCGUCGUCCGCGACGGUGCUGCGCUGCGCCGUGUCCUGCGGCGGCGUGCUCGACCUGCGCGAGGCGCGCGCGAAGCGCGUCGGCGGUUCGGCCGUCGACGACUUCCUCGGGGCCGACGGCGACGUCCGCGCGGCGUCGCCCAUCGAGCUGCUGCCGCCGGCCAUGACGUCGUCGCUCCGAGCGUCGGCGGACUGGCGCGGCGUGGGCGCGUGGGAGGAUGGGCUCGCGGCGACGACGAAGCUGGCGUGCGUCCACGGCCUCGACGACUCCGUGGUCCCCGCGGCGCUGUCGACGCGUUUUACGGUGGCCGCCACGGUCGGCGGCUUGCCGGUGGAGUACCACCAGAUCAAGCGCGAGGGCCACUUCGAGGUCCUCGCGCCGACCUCGCGGUCCUGGCGCGCGACGCGCGCCGUCGUCGAGGACGCGCUCCGCGCGCCGCCGGCGAAGCCGCUCCUCGGCGGCGACGCGCGGCGCAUGGCGCCGACGAGGCGCGUCGACACGGACAGCGAGAUCGUCAUCACGACGCUUAGGGAAGGCUGCCUCGCGGGCAACCACGACGCGGCGAUGGCGGGCCUCUGUUUCUUUCCCCUGUGGCUCUGCCUGCUCAUCGGCGGCCUCAUGUUCGGCGGCGCGAACGUCGCCUACCAGGUCGACGAGGCCGCCGUGGCCGACUGGACGAAGGGCAGCUGCGAGGUCAUUCGCGGCAAUUCGAGCGUCUUCACCAUGGACUGCGGGCGCGGCAACCGCGUGCACCAGGCCUGGGUCGCCGUGAAGCUGACCUUGUCGAGCAACGAGACGAAACUCGGCACCGCGCUCAAGCGGCCGUCCUGGCGCAAGGAGUGCGGCGGCGGCGAGAACAACUGCGGCACCAAGUACUGCUUCGACAAGGGCGGCCGCGCCGCGGCGAAGCGCUUCCUCGCCAAGUUCGCCGACGGCGAGACCUACCCGUGCUGGUACGACCCGGAAUCCACCGCGCGCAUCGCGCUGCGGAACAACGGCUCACCGCUCAAGGAGACCUGGAUCGCCGGGCUGAUCCUGCUCUGCCUCGGCGGCGUCGUGCUCCUGGCGUCGCCGCCCCUCGUCGCCUACGUGACGCGCGCGCCCAAGGCCGCGGUGCCCCGCGCGACGCCCGUCGCGGCCGCGCGCGCCGGCGCGCCCGGCGCCGCGCCGCCCAUGGCCCAGGUCGUCGGCGGCGCCAAGGUCCGGCCCGCGGGCAGCCGGCCCUACUACGAGCGCAGCCCGUCGGGGGACCACAUGUACGUGCAUAACGCCUAG